GAGAGACGAGGGAAACUGAAACUGAAGCAGCUGAGCAGAGAGAGUAAACGAAUGGAGGAAAAAAGCAGCGGCGGCGGCGUUAGGCUUCACGUCGGAGGAUUGGGAGAAAGCGUUGGGAGAGAUGAUCUUCUCAAGAUCUUUUCUCCGAUGGGUACCGUUGAUGCUGUCGAAUUCGUCAGGACCAAAGGUCGUUCCUUUGCCUACAUCGACUUCUCUCCAUCUUCCGACAAAUCCCUCAUCAAGCUCUUCUCCACGUAUAAUGGAUGUGUCUGGAAAGGAGGGAGGCUACGACUGGAGAAAGCAAAAGAGCAUUAUCUAGCUCGAUUGAAGCGAGAGUGGGAGGAAGCGUCUUCUCCUUGUGAUAGCACCAUAAAAGCUCCUUCUGAUAAUACCAUAAAAGCCCCUUCUGAUUCAACACCUUCCACUCACCUUAACAUCUUCUUUCCCAGACUCAGAAAGGUGAAAGCUAUGCCACUUAGUGGAACUGGAAAACAUAAGUAUAGCUUUCAGCGUGUUCCACUGACUUCUUCUCUUCCAAAGAGCAUCUGUGAUUGUGAAGAGCACUCCAACUCUCUCACUCCUCUGGAAACUCAUCUUCAUGAUCUGGAAGCCCUUAAUGUGGGAAGAAACGAGGACGAGGUGAAUGUUAUGAACUCCGUGAUGAAUAAGCUCUUUGAGAAACACAACAUUCCAACUACUGACCAGCUCCCCGAAGAAGACAAUGAGAUUGAAGCAGACCAAGAUAACCUCAUCAUCAAUGUGGUAUCUAGUGGGAACCAUAUGGGGAACUCAGAGCUGGAUUUGUUGUCUAGAAAACGGAAAUCAAUUCUCAACGAAACAAUACCAGGUGGUGAAGGACGAAAAGGGAACCAAAGUCAUCCUAGCAAAAAAAGGCAAACAAUCAGCCUAGAGGAAAGUGGAAGACUGGAAUCUUCACAGACCAAAUGUGAAAAGAAGAAGCCUUCUGAAGUGGUACCGGAUAAAUCAUUGGAUGAACCGAGCAGAACAGGUGUCAAACGGUCGAUUGACAACAUUUCAUGGUCCCAAAAGUCUUCCUGGAAAUCACUUAUGGCCAAUGGGAACAGCAGUGAAUUUAGUGUUUCCAGUUUCUUGCCAGGGGUCGGCUCCAGUAAAGCAGUACAAACUGCACCUAGCAACUCUGAUCUUGCUGGGUUUCCUAGUCAAGAAAUUUUGAAGGGGAAGAAGAAAAGUAGGCGGGUAUCUUCAACAAUCAUGGCAACGGAUUUACCUUUGUCAGAUGACAUAGAGAGGGAUGAUAGUGAUGCUGUGGCAGAUGACACAGCUAGUGACUCUAUGGCAGACGACACAGCUAGUGACUCUAUGCCAGAUGACACAGCUAGUGACUCUGUGCCAGAUGACACAGCUAGUGACUCUUUGGCAGAUGACACAGCUAGUGACGCGUUGGUUGAGAGGGGUGAUGAUGCUGUGGAAGAUGACACAACUAGUGAGUCUAUGGCAUAUGACACUGCGAAUGAGUCUAUGGCAUAUGACACUGCGAAUGAGUCUAUGGCAUAUGACACAGCAACUGGGUCUAUGGCAUAUGACACAGCUACUGAGUCUAUGGCGUAUGACACAGCUACUGACUCUGUGGCAGACUCAGCUAGUGACUCUGUAGGUUCAGACGACUCAGAAUCACUUGCAGAUACGGUUAGUGACAAAAGUGUUGAAGCUGUACCCCUGGAAUUUGCUGCAAGCACUGAGGGUGAUGGUGGGAAUGGCAAGUUGAAUGUGGGAAAGCACGAAAAUGUAGCAGAGGUUUUGAAUGCGGAAAAGGAAAGCUUAGUCAUGGCGGAAGAUGUUGUAGACGAAGAAGAGGCGGGGAAAGAAUCACUGAAAGCUUGUAACAAGUCAGCGGGAGGUUCUUCAUGGCUUCAGAAAGCUUCAUGGACUCAGCUGGUUAGCGACAAAAGUACUUCUUCAUUUAGUAUAAGUCAACUAUUCCCAGAUUUAAGUUCUGACAAGGGUGAAGCAGCUAAAGUGAUCAACAAUGUAGAACGCCAGUAUCCUGCAAGUGCAAUGAAACAAACAGAAUACAAAUGUAGUAUUGGUGGCUUUACGGCUCCUGGAGUCCUUGUGGACAGUACCCCUGUGAGGAGUUUAGAUGAGAAUAGGCAGCGUCCGAGUGGUAAAAAUUUGAGUGAAGGAGGUAGACUGGGGGUGAAGAAGACAAUUAAGAGAAAGGUUGGGUCCGGGGAGACUUGCACUUUUAUGAGAAGCUCGACUUCUUUAAAAGAGUGGGCAAAGGCUAAGAAGGCAUUGAGUGAGCCGAGGAGAAAGAAAAAUAGUGAAGAAUGAGUUACAUUGUUGUAAUACAAUCAGAAGCUAUUCAAAUUAUGUAUUCCUCUGCAGAUUUUGUACUUGAUACACAAUGUUUUUUCAGUUUAAUUCUUAAACGUUCACUAUUAUAAAA